AUGUCGUGGAGCGGUCUCAAGAAGGCCUCGAGCCGGUUCGGGACGCAGAUGAGCAUGAAGUUGGGCCAGGUCGAGCGGACGGACGACUCGGCGUUCAGGUCAGAGUCGGAGCGGUUCAAGCAACUCCAGACGAACAGCAAUGCUCUGCAAAAGGAGGCCAAGGCCUACCUCGACGCCGUCCGCAACGUCUCGGCAUCCUCGACGCGGAUAGGCACGACCAUCGACAUGUUCUUCGGCUCCGACUCGGGCGAGCAGGCUAUCUCGGCGAAUGCGUACAAGCGUGCGGUCGAGGAGUUGGAGGGCGAUAUCGCCAGGACUAUCGACACCCCGUACCGAGCUACCGUACUCGAGCCAAUCGGCAAGUUCUGCGCCCAUCUGCCCGAAGUCGCCAACGCCAUCUCGAAGCGCGAGAAGAAGCUGCUCGACUACGACGCAGCGCGAUCCAAAGCACGGAAGCUUGGCGAGAAAGACGAUGCUAUCAAGCUGCGAGCGGCCGAGCAGGAGGAGGAACAGGCGCGCGAGAUCUUCCAGGCGCUCGACGGCCAGCUGCGAGAAGAGCUGCCGCAGCUGCUCGACCUGCGCAUCCCAUACCUCGACCCUUCAUUCGAGUGCAUGGUCCGGCUGCAGGCGCACUUUGCGACGGACGGCUACGAGAAGCUCGGUGGUGUCCAGCGCUACUUUGCGGAUGGCGUGCGGGACGAGUAUGCGUCGGGCGCGCUCGACGCCCAGGUUGAGGGAGCGUUGCAGGAGAUGCGCGAGUUGAGCAUCUGCGGGCUGAGCGCGUAG